AUGGGGAUCCCUUGUUUGGGUCACACCAAUGGGUUUGACCUCUUCUCCUGGCUGCGAGUAUCACCACUAGGGAGAGGCAAAGGCUUGCAGAAACCCCAACUCCCGCUUUGGCAGCGCGCUGCCCCAGGCUCCGGUAGGGUGAGGACUGGUCUCGGGGGCCGGAGGGGGCAAUGGCAAAGGAGGUCUCUCCCUGCCGCGGGCCGGCUGCAGAGCGGACGUUCAGCCCUGUUCCCGGCCCCCACUUCGCCCACCCGCUUCGCCGUGUUCAUUAACUGCUGUCCGGACCUUUCGACCCGCCCGGACGGGACCACGCCGCCGCCGCCGCCGCCCGGAGCCGCGCUUCGGGUCCUGCCUGAACCGAGCCGCGCACGGGGCCGCCGUCACCGCCGGCGGGGGAUGGGGCUGCCCCGGAGGCGCGCCGAGCCCGCAGGGGGAGCGCGGAGCCGCCCGGCCCGCGCGGCUGGUCCUCCGAGCCCGGCCCGCCGGGGGAGCGGCCUGCCGCGGAAGCCUCCCCGCGCCCCCCCGCCCGGCCCCCCCCUGGCGCUGCGGCGCCCCCUGCUGCUGUUGCUGCUGCUGCUCUCGCUGGAGUCCCUGGACCUGCUGCCCAGAGCCCACGGAGCCCGUGGCCGCGCCGCCAACCGGACCCUGAGCGCAGGCGGCGCUGCCGUCGGGGGCCGGAGGGCCGGGGGCGCCCUGGCACGGGGCGGCCGCGAGCUGAACGGUACCGCCCGGGCGCCCGGAGUCUCGGAGGCGGGAAGCCGGCGGGGGCAACCCGCGGCGGCUGUGGCGGCGGCGGCAGCGGCCAGCGCGACCGUCACCUAUGAGACGUGCUGGGGCUACUACGACGUGAGCGGCCAGUACGACAAGGAGUUCGAGUGUAACAACAGCGAGAGCGGCUACCUGUACUGCUGCGGCACCUGCUACUACCGCUUCUGCUGCAAGAAGCGCCACGAGAAGCUGGACCAGCGCCAGUGCACCAACUACCAGAGCCCGGUGUGGGUACAGACGCCCAGCACCAAGGUGGUGUCGCCGGGGCCCGAGAACAAGUACGACCCGGAGAAGGACAAGACCAACUUCACCGUCUACAUCACCUGCGGGGUGAUCGCCUUCGUCAUCGUGGCCGGCGUCUUCGCCAAGGUCUCCUACGACAAGGCCCACCGCCCUCCGCGGGAGAUGAACAUCCACAGGGCUCUGGCUGACAUCUUAAGACAACAGGGACCAAUCCCCAUAGCACACUGUGAAAGAGAAACUAUCUCGGCUAUCGAUACCUCUCCCAAAGAGAACACGCCGGUCAGAUCGUCCUCCAAAAACCACUACACUCCUGUGCGUACAGCCAAGCAGACUCCAGGGCAUUAUGGGAAGGAUGCUUACCGAAGUGGAGGACCUGAUCUCCAUAACUUCAUCUCAUCUGGAUUUGUCACAUUAGGAAGAGGACACACCAAGGGUGAUCAUCAAUAUAGCCAUCCGAUUUUGAGCAGUGCUACCCAGAUCCCGCCACAUGAGAAGCCACGGAUGAACAACAUCCUGACAUCAGCCACCGAGCCCUAUGACCUCUCCUUCUCCCGCUCUUUCCAGAACUUGGCCCACCUGCCCCCAUCCUACGAGUCUGCAGUAAAGACCAACCCCAGCAAGUAUUCAUCUCUGAAGAGGUUAACCGACAAGGAGGCUGACGAGUAUUACAUGAGGCGGCGGCACCUGCCUGACCUGGCUGCCCGCGGCACCCUCCCCCUCAAUGUCAUCCAGAUGUCCCAACAGAAGCCAUUGCCACGGGAACGACCCCGCCGGCCCAUCCGGGCCAUGUCCCAGGACAGGGUCCUGUCCCCGGAUCGAGGCCUGGCAGAUGAGUUCAGCAUGCCAUACGACCGCAUCCUGUCCGACGAGCAGCUGCUCUCCACGGAGCGCCUGCACUCCCAGGACCCGCUGCUGUCCCCGGAGCGGACGACCUUUCCCGAGCAGUCGCUGUCCAGGGCCAUCUCGCACACGGACGUCUUUGUGUCCACACCCGUGCUGGACCGUUACCGCAUGAGCAAGAUGCACUCUCAUCCCAGUGCCUCCAAUAACUCGUACGCCACCCUGGGCCAGAGCCAGACGGCAGCCAAGCGUCAUGCCUUUGCCUCGCGCAGACACAACACAGUGGAGCAGCUGCACUACAUCCCGGGCCACCACACCUGCUACACAGCCAGCAAGACCGAAGUGACCGUGUGACCGGCGGGGCAGGGCCGGGGCUGCUGGGCGUGGCAGGGCAGAGCAGAGCAGGGGCCAGGAGGGGCCAAGAGCAGAGCUUCUAGCCUUGCCACUCUCCCUUCCCUCGUCCCCUCUGUAGGAAGUGGGGGUGGGCCACCUUUGCCCAAAAAGCCAUACCCCCGGGGACAGAGCCCCAAUGGCCUGGUUCAAUACGCUUAGAUCCAGGACCAAGAGCAAUCGCCCUUGCUCCUCCAGAAGAGUCAACGGGGAGUGAGGAGGGGGCCAGGCCCCAUUCUCACCCCUGACCACCUUCACCAACUCCCUUUCCAUCCUGCGCCUCCUUCUCCCCAUCUGGGGGACUCAGCUGCAGGUUCUGUCAGCAAAGAGACCCUUGCUUGACCAUGGUCCGAAGCUGUCUGGGUUUGAAGGGGCCAGCGGGUCCAAUCAGUGGGCUGACCGAAUAGGCUACUCGGUCUCAUUCAUUUACCUAGAACCGCAUCACAGAAAUCUUCUAGUGCCUAAAAACUGCCUGCUCGCUCUCUCAGAGCCAGGGAGCUGCUGUGUCCAUAAGCACAAUAAUGAUUCUUUUCUUGCCUGCUGG